AGUACGAGCACGCCGCCGGUCGGCACGGCGACAGCGGUUCAGUAAUCAGCCGGCCACCGAACGUCGUGGACGUGUUUUGUGUGUGUCAUCGUUCGCGUUCAUAUAAUAUCGUGUGUCCGCGUGUGUUGCGCGCGUGCGAUGAAGUCUUGUGAGACGUCGGCCACAGGAGUAGCCGUCAGCCAACUUGUCCGGUGACCGAUCGCGGCCGUUACGCGUUACGUUUCCGCGCCAUGCCGUUCGUACAACGUGCCGUCGGCCCGGUACACCUGAGCCGGGUGAAGCUGCACGACGAACACGGCGUGCCCACUAUCCGGGACCGCGAGCUGGACGCCGUCACCAAUUGCGCACUGAGCAAUGCACUUCGGCAGAUGGCCUCGGUGGCCGCACUCGCCGACGAGGUGUUCCGCGAGCUUCGAGACCAACUCACCGACGUGGCCACCAGAUCGGCGAGCCUCAAGCGUCGCGUCCAAGCCCUCGGCCAAUUGGUCGACAACGCCGAUCCCAAAGCCGUCACAGUCCCUGAAAGUGACCUGACAGCGUUCAGUCUGAAAACAGAACAUUUUAAGAGUAAGCAAGUAGAGAACAAGAAUUUAUUGUUGGCGGAAAAUAGACCUAUUUGGGUUAAAAGGCUCUACGAUCAAGCCGGAGUACCGAGUAAAGUAUAUGCCAAUAAACCUCACAUCCAUAGAUUAUCAAGAAGGAAACGGUCACUGGACGACAUUCUUUUACCUGACGACAUAGAACUUAGAAAGCCUGCGGCAAUCACCAAUCUUCGACCAUGGACAUCAGAAGAAGUUCUUGGAGAUAUAACUGUGGCCCCAGAUUGUUCAUCAAGGAUACCUAGAGAUCCAAGUCCGGUUUCAGAAGAUCAAAUUGAUCACAAGCUGCCUUCGCCCGAAGAACAGCAACAUGUCAUCGCACUAAAAUUCCCGCCGCAAAUAGUCGAAGUUGACGUAUCCGGCAGGAGUUUUAAUCGUAUGAGCGCGCUUAGGAGAUCUCUGCAGAACGUUGAAUACGAAACGUCUGUUAGACGACGAAAGAGCAAAAGACCUAGAGGCAAGAGGAGGAAUACGAUUGCUGGAACUGAUCAAAAAGAAUUAGAAGCCGUUAUUGGUUCUUUAUCUGAUAGUAAUAAAGACUCUGAUGACAUCGUGUCCAGCAGCACGACUGUUGUGGUGACCGAGAAAAAAUCAAACCUUGAUAUUUUGAAAGAUUGGGGAAGAAUGAGAUUGAAACAACUUAAAAAUAUAGAAACGACAUCUUCGGCAUCAGUCAAGCUUAGAGAUAAAGGAAGAGUUGGAUUGGCUAGAAGAAAAUGGGAUAAGGAUGAACCAGUGCAUUCUUCAUCUGGAAAUUGGUCAGCAAGUUCAGAGAGUGGACAGUCUACUUCGACUAGUCACAUACCAAGGUCUAGCGUUAGCAGUUGCAGCGGAAGCACGAAACCGACGUACCACGGUGGAAGUUCGGUGACCAGUGACGAAGGCGAAACCGGUUCCACGUAUUCGUGCGACACCGAGGGCUACUACACGUCGUUCCACGUGGACAGCGGUCUGAAGACGCUCAGGGAGGAGGACCCGCCGCAGCCGAUGUCCGCGUUGCACUCCACGUCCGCGCUCACGCCCAGUUUCCAGUCGUCGUCGGCCGAGAGCGAGUACGACGUUUUCGGACGGGGCAGCACGUCGACCACGGCGAGUUCGGCCGGUACCGUGUGCACGUCGCUGAUGGUAUCGCCGCCCAACGUGCCGGAAAGGGGUGGCAGCAAGCUGUCGGAACGGUCGGCGGAAGUCUCUUACGGCGGCUCGCUGCCCGACCGGAACAACGCGCACGGCCCGAGAGACCCGAUGGCGUUGUACGACAAGUCGAAAACGGCCCCGUCCCGGCUGACCAAAGAGAACGUGACCAGGUACAAGGAGGAGGGGUUGAUGAUCGACGUCAAGCCCAGGCCGUGCCUGGAACACUGCGGCGGCGACUCGCCGGACAGCGGGCACAACACGUGCAGUUCGCCCGUGGACUCGGUGACCAACCCGUCCGUCGACCUGGAGAUGUCCGAGUGUUCCGACCUGGAAGGCGUCGACCGGGUGGAGAGGCUCCGGGUCAAGACCACCAUCAACACCAGCCGCAUACCGUCGAUGUGCGUCAUCACGCCGCCGAUCAGCGACGACGAGGUGAGCCUGAAGACGACGGCCGUGAGAGCGAUCAUGUCGGACGCCGACGAUUACGGCGAGUACGUGACGCUGGCGCACUACGCGAUACCCGAACCGGUGACACCCGCCGUCGAGCAUCCGGAACAGGCGCUGUGCAAGGGAUUCGUGCACUUGGACGAGUUGCCCGCCGUCGGUACGUCUGAACGGCAGAGACCCGCGGGCGCCCGAGUCACGCUGAACGCCGAGGGCCGAGUCAUAUACACGUCGGACAGCUUGAAGCGCCGGAAGAAGACGCACACGGUCAACACGUUCGAACCAGGUCCGUGCGUGAACGCCAACGUCCGGUUGCUGCCCGUCAACGACCAUAGCAACAACGUUUUGUCACAAGUUAUACCCCGUUCUCCGUUGAACGUCCGACCGGUGACCAAACAGCCGAACGGCGUCGGCGUGCUCAGCUCCGCACUGCACAUCGUCGCUCCCAAGAAAAUCCAAGCCGAACGCAAUGCCACACCUGCGGCCGUCCAACUGAAACCGCUUGUGCCCAUACCGCUGCCGUGUUCGCCGGGCCAGAGGCGCUCGUGCAAGACGACCGCGGGCCUACCGCUGACGGUGGCCGCGGCGCUCGGCCGACAUCGGUCGCCGCCGUCCCGGGUGGUCGUGUUGCCGGACAACGGCCGGUGUCCCGGAGACACCGGGGGCAAGCCCGUGUCGCCACUGAUAUCGCCGACCCGACGGAGUCUGUCGCCCAAGGAAGUGGUGCGGGGCGCUUACGUCCGGAUGCAAGACCCCACCGAGUGCCUGGAAACGAGCCUGGACGAGAUCAAGUCCGUGGUGAAACGCAGCGACAGCUACAGGCAGGCCAACGCCACCAGUCCUCGGCUGCUCGCCAAGUCCCCAAACAUGCUGAUGGCGUUGCAAAAGGCCCGCAGCGAGACCACUCAAGAUACGAGCCGUGGUACACCACCCGCCUCGACGUCGGUCAAUGGCGACAACAGUGGCCGCGACCGGAGCGCCGGUCACGAACGGAACGUGUCGGCGUCCACGCCGGUGAAGAACGACCGGAGCGCCGGCCGCAUCGACAUGAGCAGCAACAACAUAUCGCCGAUACGAGACUGCCGCGCGAGCCCGGCUGGACGACCGCUGACGCGCGAACCUCAGCAACACCGGACACCCACGCCACUGCAGUCUCCGCCCGGCGACGUACACCGGACACCGGCGGUGCAACAACCGUACGUGCGUCCGGCGUCCGGGCGGUCGGCCAUGGACCUGUACGCGGCCAUUCACGAGUCGAAAAAACGGUUGCUCGGCCAACAGCCGGCACCUGUGGCCGUCACGCCUGCCGUACCAACGACACAGCACCGGACGCAACCGCCGGCCACCGCGGCGGUGCGACGACCGCCGGAACGUCAGUCGGACCGGUACCGGCCGCGCGGCGACGACCGGUCGGCCGCACGGUACGACUUCAAGCGGCUCCUGUUGCAGACCAACAUGGCGGGCGGCAGGCGCGCGCAGCAAUCCGCCGUGGUCCGGCUCCAGCAACCGCCGCCGCCGGCAAGGGCCGCCCCGAGUCCGGUGCCGCAGUCGCAUUCGACCGCGCCCGGCCACUUCAGGCGAACGCCGUCCAGUUCGUCGUUCCGCAAGUCCAACGUGCUCGCUUCGACCAUACAGGAAGACUGCCGUGAAGACGAGGACUGUCACGGGCCCUCGGUCGUUCCCAGGUCCGCGGCGCUCGUCAGCCGCACGCUCAAAGGCCUGCAAGCCGCCGCCGCCGCGCCCACGUGUUCCGCUCUGGAAACGUCCCUUUGACCGGUCUCUGGCGACAUAGUUACUCUACAAAUCAGCUGCAGUCAGCUGAUGCCUAUACUACGCGCAUUUUGCAGUUGACGUUAACCUUUUGCGGUCUGAUAUACAGAAAGUCGCCUUUGAGACGCGUACCACCUGUACCGCUAAUAUACGUGUGUUAAACCUAUAUACCGUCAAUGGCCGGGACCAAUAUUUUUAGAUCAUUUUUUGUUUACCGAUGUUCACUGUAUACUUACCUACGUCGAUAUAAUACGUAAGAGUAAACAUAAAUUAAAUAAAACAUAUUAUAAUAUAGUGUUAUUUAAUUUUCCUAUGAUAUAUAAAGAAUCGUUUCAAAUUGUAUUUUAUUUAGACACUGUAUAUUAUAUUGUAUAAGUACACACAUAUUAUAUAAGUACCUAGUUUAUAAUAUUGCAUAUAAAUGUACCUCCUAUUGUAAUCGUAAGCGUCUUCUAGUCUUUACAAAUCUACGAGCUCGAGAAUGACACAAAACAGCGGCGAUUUGAUAAAUUUAAUUUUUAUUAUUAAUGUUGGUAAUAUUAUUUAUUUAUUUCGUUUUUUUUUUUUUUUUAUUUAAACAAAAAUAUUAUUUACAAACAUCAUAGAGAGAACUAUAUCCACCAUUUCAUUAUUUUACAAUGUAAUAAAAUUAUUUUAAAUUUUUAAGAUUAACAUACGUCAGACAUGUAUUCCACUGUCUACGCAAAAUAGCCUUCAAAUACAAACGACGUGUAAUUAUUUACAUACAUUAUACAAUUUAUUUCCUAAAUAUAAACUAUUAUAAUCGACUCAGAUAUUUAGUAAAUUCAUCCAUGGAAAAAAUGUAAUUUUAAAUAUAUAUAAUGUACUUAAACUUUUUUUUUCAUUUUAUAAAGCGACCUAGUGUUAAUUCGUGAUUAAAUGUAGGUACAAGGUUGCUCACGAGGUUAUUUAUAUAUAUUAUACCAUUAUAAUAUUUAUGGAACAUAAUAUACCUAAGAAAUGUGGAUACAUUGUACCUAUGCAGUUUAAUGAUUUUAUAUUAUUAUUUAUUCAGAGAAUAAUUCAAACAAAAUGAAACAAAAAUAUUUUAAUUACUUACAAGAGCCUUUUGAAGAUCUAAAAUGUUACUAUUUGUUAUUUGUUUGCAAAUAUAUGAUAAUUUUAAUGAA